AUGGAUUGGCUCCCCUUCAGAACAACUGUUGUUCUAUUCAUUUUAAUGGUAUUCUUGGAUUUCAGUACUGGAUUUCACGUAGAGGUGAAAGAAUGGAAUGAAAAUGGUGUGGCGCAAUGGAAAACCUUCAGAAGACAAAAACGGGAAUGGGUUAAAUUUGCUGCAGCUUGUAGGGAAGGAGAAGAUAAUUCAAGGAGGAAUCCAAUUGCCAAAAUUCGAUCAGAUUGUGAAGAAAACCAGCCAAUUGUAUACAGCAUCUCUGGAAUAGGGAUUGAUCAGCCACCUUAUGGGAUCUUUAUUAUUAAUUCAAGAACUGGAGAAAUUAAUAUAACAUCAAUAGUUGAUCGAGAGUUGACCCCAGUAUUUGUUAUUCGCUGCUUUGCUAAACAUGCACUUACUGGUAUCGAUUUAGAACCGCCUCUUGAACUUCGAGUCAGAGUUCUGGAUAUAAAUGACAAUGCUCCGAUAUUUUCACAAUCUACGUUUAUGGGAUCUAUUGAAGAAAGCUCUAUGGAGACUACUCUGGUGAUGAAAAUAAUUGCCACGGAUGCAGAUGAACCAAAUCACUUGAAUUCCAAAAUUGCCUACAAGAUAGAGAGUCAGGAACCUGCAGGUGCAUCAAUGUUUAUUCUAAAUAAACAUACUGGAGAAGUUCAUAUAGCAAAUUUCCUUGACAGAGAGCAACAUAGCAGCUACUCUCUUGUUGUGAAAGCCUCAGACCGCGAUGGAGCUGCAGAUGGAAUCUCUUCCCUUUGUAAUUGUGCUAUUAAAGUUAUUGAUGUCAACGAUAAUUUCCCAACUCUUUCACAGACUUCAUAUUCAGCAAAUAUCGUGGAAAAUUCACUCAGUUCAGAACUGCUACGGAUACAAGCUAUAGAUGCUGAUGAACAGUAUUCGGACAACUGGUUGGCAGAAUUUUUCUUUAUAUCUGGCAAUGAAGACAACUGCUUUGAAUUCGUAACAGAUCCAGCAACUAAUGAGGGUAUUCUGAGGGUUAUUAAGCCACUGAAUUAUGAAUACUUGCAAAGUUAUCCACUGAGUUUUGGUGUUAGAAACAAAGCUGCAUUCCAUCAUUCAGUUGUUUCUCAGUAUCAAGUUAGUGGAACACCCCUAAUAAUAAAUGUAAACAAUGUGAUUGAACCACCAAGCUUUAGUCCAUCUUCAAUGAGCUUUUUUCUGCCAAGAAGCUUAUCAACAGCUGCCAUGACUAAUUACGUUGUUGGAGUAUAUACAGCCACUGAUGAGGAAACUGGAAAAAUUGCAUCAAAUGUCAGAUAUAUAAUGGGACGUGAUCCAGCUGCCUGGUUCAGCGUCAACUCCAGAACUGCUGAAAUCACUUUGAAGAAAAUUAUUGAUCGAGAGUCAUCCUAUGUAGUCAAUGGGUUGUACAGAGCAGAGUUGCUGGCUAUUACAAGAGAUGUUCCUGCAAAAACUUCCACUGGUACCAUUAUGCUUACAGUUGACGAUUCCUACUAUAACUGUCCAAUUCUUCAUACUGAAAUGAGAAAAGUAUGUAUGAGUUCUCCAACAGUUAUUAUCACAGCAAAAGAUCUGGACGGUGGUCUAUAUAGUCCUCCCUUUACAUUUAUCAUAGUUAAUCAGCCUGCAAAAAGUUCAUGGAGUAUUAGCCCAAUAGAUGGUUACUCUGCAGAGCUGAGAACUCAAAAUAUCGAGUUUUUCAUUUAUGACAUAUAUAUCCAUAUGAUAGACAGCCAAGGCAGAAGAUGUGAACGACCACAGAGAAUUCCUUUGCAAGCCUGUCUUUGUGAUAACCUCCUAGUAUGUAUUACUGGUGCUACAAAAAGAAUUGUUGUCGAAAAAGUUACGGGCGUUGUGACGAUUGAUGAUCGCCAGGUCACUAUUGGUAGUACUGUUACAUCUGCUACUGUUGUUACGGUUACUAAUCCUGUUACAACAUUCAUGCCUGUGGUGCGUGGAACGACUACACUUGGUGGUCCUGCUAUUGCUCUGAUGUUUCUUGGAGGCUUAAUAUUUGUGUUGUUUCCAAUUUUGAUGGCAAUGAGUGACUGUUGUGGUUAUGGAGCUAGACCUGUAGGUGGCGUUGGGGCCGGAUUUGAGCCUGUACCUGAAUGCACAGAAGGAGCAAUUCAUUCAUGGGGAAUUGAAGGAGCACAUCCUGAAGACAAGGAUAUCAAAGGCAUCAGUGCAUCAAAAGCAGCUGCCACUGCAGGUGACUUUGCUGACUCCUCUGACAUUUAUACAAAUACAUAUGGAGGAGGAGCAGUGGUAACUUCAGGACUUGAAGAAACUACAGGGCUCGGAACAGCUGUAGCUUAUGGAACAACUAACAGCUAUGGGGCAGCAACUGCCUAUGGAACAAUGGGGAAAAAAGAGUCAAUUGGAGGGACAUUAAGAGAGUAUAGAGAAGGAGGAGUAAAUAUGGCUUUCUUAGACAGCUACUUCUCGGAGAAAGCAUUUGCCUAUGCAGAUGAAGAUGAAGGCCGACCAGCAAAUGAUUGUCUACUAAUAUAUGAUCAUGAAGGAAUAGGUACUCCUGUUGGUUCCAUUGGCUGCUGCAGUUUUAUUGGAGAAGAUAUCGAUGACACCUAUUUAGAUACAUUAGGACCAAAAUUUAAGACCUUGGCAGAAAUCUGUUUAGGCAAAGUCAUCGAACCCAUUCCAGGUGUUAGUGCUACCUUUCCGAAUAUUGAAAGUGAUCUAAAGCUGCCACCACCUGGAACUACUAUCAUCGUUAAUGAAUCUUCAUCUAUGCCUCCCACAGUUGGUAGUACAACAAUUGUUACCGAAAACACUUACACAUCUGGUUCUACGCUACAGCCUGCAAGGCCUAUACCUGAUCCUUCACUCCAUGGUAAUGUAAUGGUGACUGAGACCUACACAUCCGGCUCAACUUUUCAACCACCCACACUUAGUGUCGAUCCUGUCCGUGCAUCAAAUGUUGUUGUAACAGAAAGGGUGCUUGCUCCUGCCGCCGCCUCUGAUUUGCGCGGCAUUCUAGAUAUUCCUGAUCUAACAGAUGGGGCAAAUGUUGUAGUCACAGAAAGGGUAAUUGCACCUGGCUCAAGGUUACCCCCUUCUUUGAGUAUCCCUGAUUUAGCAGAUGCAUCAAAUGUAGUGGUGACAGAACGGGUGAUUAGACCUGCCUCUGGUCUGCCAGGCAGUUUAACUAUUCCUUCUGAGCUAUCAAAUGCACAUAAUGUGGUUGUUACAGAGAGAGUAGUAUCUGGCCCUGGCAUGGGCAGCAUGGGGGGCGUGAGCGGUAUGGUGGGCAUCAGUGGAAUGGGGGGCAUGAGCAGCAUGACUGGUCAAAUGCUUAGUGCUGACACUCAUCUUAGCCAGACAGUUGGAUCCGUUUCCCCUGGUACAUCUCGAAGAAGGGUAACAAAAUACAGCACGGUACAGUAUGCUAAUCAGUAAGGCUUCUAUUAGUAUAUUUUUCUGCAGAGAUCAUGAUUUACAUUGAAAUUUUUAACUCUUACUAAAUAUACCUAAGUAUAUUUUUAUUAUUUAUAACUAGCAAAUAGUACUAAAAUUCCUGUGAUUCUUGUCUGAGUAAGAAUCUCGUAAAGCUAUCCAGUUUCAAAGUGAAACACAGAAACAUUGUCAAUGGGGGAAAGUUCAGGUAAGCAACUUUAAAUAUUUUCUUUUAUUAUUACAAAUGCAGUGCUAAAAACAGAUGGUGCUUCCUCUUCCAUAGCAUGGCUUUUGCAUAUUGUCAGUGUUAAGAGUGAGAAUAUCAUUCAUUCAAAACAUCGCCCUCCUAAUAUACAUUAGUCAGCGUGCUCUCUAUUUCCCUGCCAUAUUUCUCAGGCAAUAUGAAAAUGGAACAGCACUGGAGCUGUGCUGAAAUAUUUAGGACCAAUUUGAACAGUUAAUUUGGUUCAGGAGCAACCGAUUUAUGCAGAGUCUAUCCAGAGCAAAAAUUUCAUAUUGGAUAUCCAUUUCCAAUACUUACUCAGCUAAGCUUAAAAUGAGCUUAAAAUUGGUCCAGGAGAAAGAGCUUAGUAUCAGAAUGUGUCAGUGAGACGGAAUCACUGUAUGUGUAUCGUACUGACACGCAUGAAUUUCAUAUGGCGCCCAUGCUGAGAUAUUUUAUCAUAUUUAUGGCCUGUCAUGAUAUCUUUGGCCUUUAUUUAAAUUAGGAUUAAUGGCCCUGUGACUGAUUAACUGCCCCUCUCCCAGAUGUGGUGUGGCAGUAGUGCAGUGCUGUCUCGGGAAAGGGUCAUCGUUGUGACUUUUCAACACAGUGUUUAACUAAUCACUUCCAUUUGCUUGGGGUUUACAUUGCAUGUUGUCACUAUACGUUUUACAAAAAGUUACUUAUCCUAAGUUAUUCCCUUGCCACUAACCUAAUAGAAUGUAUAGAAAUAGUUACAAGCAUAUAAAUACAGUAUAUUCUCAUUACUCACCACUCCUCUCAGUAAAUACCAGGACUUCCAUCCUGAAGGGUUUGACGCAAAACACACCACAACUAGUCCAUCUGAUCUGGUAAGGGUAUGAAACUAUUAGUCAUGUCUGUGUCUCCACUAAACUUACUUCCAUAGGCUAAUCAGCCAUGACUGCUAUCCUCAGUGACUCAGAGGUUCUUAGUCAGGCUUGCUGCCAUCUACUAACCAGAAGAUAAUCUCCAAUUUCUGGAUAUAUUCUGAGUAUUAUAUUAUAUCUUACUAGUUCUCUGCACUAACAAAUCACAAGGAAAUAUCAUCUUAGCUUCAUGUUCUGUGGGUACAACUGCAGUUUACUCAAAGUGUUAUAAUUCUGAUUUUCGCAGUAGAAGUCUUUCAGGAGAAGAAAAAACUACUUGAGAAAACAUAGCUUUGCUAGCGCACAGUACAGAGACUAGAUAUUUCAUAUCAUGUCUGUACUUUGCAUUGUAUUUCGAAAGUGAAUUUGAAUAUGUUAAAUGGGAAAACUACAUGGAAGUCCUUAUGGAUUUUAUCAUCUAAAUUAAAUUGGGUGUUUAGUUCCUAUUUUUCCACAAGACGCCAGCUCAGCCAAAAUCUCAAUUUGCUUGAAACUAAAUAAAUACAAACAGUAAAAAUCUGGCCUCAGAUUUCAGCUGAUACUAACAAAAAGUUGGAAAUCUUUUAUCCAUUCCUUAGUGCCUCUGUGGAUAGCUUACUAAUUGCAUAUAUACAUCAUAGAAUACAUGAAGCUGAAUGAACAAAAUACUGAAAUAUAGUAACUACCUUGUUUCAAUUCUGUACCAUAUGUAAAGUAUAGUAACUAGUGUACACAACAAUACUUUAGUGUAAAUACAAUAAAAUUAUUCAUGGGGCUUGUUUUGUCACUAAACUAUAAAAUCUGUAUUUCUUUUCCCUCUUGCUUUGCUCCUUCAAUGCUGAUGGGUAAGUUAUUGAGGAGUUUACGAGAGUUGUAUUAGGAUAAUCACUUGCUCUCUGACAUCACUUCCCAUGGGUUAAAAGGGAGAAGGAGACUUAGUCACCUACCUAGAUUGAUUUAUCUCAUAAGAUCUGGACAAAGAGUUUCUGAGCCUGAUGUCGUUUAAAGGCUUUUCUAAAUUAUGCUUGCUGAAAUGCCAAUUGGCCCACUGUCAAAGACAGUGUGAAGUGCCUUCUGCAGUGACAUUACAGCCACAGAUUCCAGUGGCUUCCUGAAGUUUAUCAUAAAGCCCAAGGCUGCCUCACAAAAGGGUUCUCCCAUGGUAUUGUAUCCAGCUUCAAACCUCUUACAAAGCCACUUGUUGUGCUACAUAUUCUACACAUUAAUGCUGGUGUAAGUCUCUUAGGACCUGAUUCUGCAAUCCUCACUCAAGUUGGGUAUCACUUUGGUUUUAUUGACUUAAAUGAAAAUUUUCUCCCCAGUAAGUCCUAUGUAGUGUGAGUAAGGAUUGCAGGAUUGUUCAUUGAAGAAGGAAAACAGGUUGCUACUGUACACAGGCUUAUGGUUUCAUGACUGAGUAUUGCAAACUAUAAAGUUCAGUACAAAAAUCAAAUGUUGCCUUUUUCACUAACCAAAAAGCUAUUAUUAACAAAAAUGACUUUGAUGUAAAAAAGGAUUUUUUCCAAAAUAUCAGUGUUGUCUAAGUAUUUCUCUAAUCAUGUUAUGCAAAUCAAAAAUAUUCUUCCCCCCCAUGAUAUUCACUAGUUGUAAAAUUAGGCUUCAGAAACACUUGCUGCAUUCUUUCUUUACCCUGUUGAACAGGAAUGUUGUAUGAUGUAUCAGUGUUUGAACUAGCUAUAGUCUCUUGCAUGUCUAGGAAUAGAAAUGGUUUUAAAAAAAGGAAAAAAUGUUAAAAAACCUGGAUCUGUUUGAUUAUACAGUAGUUGCCUUUCUUUGUUAGUAAUAAUUUCUGCCAACUCUUUUUAAAGAACAGUAGUUUGAUGUUUAGUGAAGUGUCAUGAAAGAAUAUGCUAGUGUAGUUUUUUAACACUUGAUUUCCCAUGGAUCAAGCAGCAACAACAUUAUUCCCUUUCAAACUGCACUACCAAUGCAUUUCUGAAUAUUAAUUUCUCUUGCUGUGUAAUUUCAGCUUUUAAAAAAAGUUUUGUUAGUAAGAUA